AAAAACUGCACUUAUUGUUAAUACGGUGCUUUCUGCACGCUUUUAUCUCACACCUAUAUUAUAUUUUCCAAUUUGGCAAUUUCACAGAUUUCAUGGCCAGGUUGAUCCAGCUGGUCUGAGGCAAUGUAAUUCUUGUUAUGGCGACGAAAUCUACGGUCUUCCCGGUGCCGGGUGCCAUUCUGAAGGCUGUUGUUUGCGAUCGAAGUGCCACGUUUCUCCUGCAGAACACUUCUACUCUUUCUAACGAGGAUGUACGCCCUGGUGAUGCGUCUUGCGAUGUAGUCAUGAAAGGAAGCGAGGAAACGGCUGCAGCUAUGCCGUGUCACCGAUCGGUUUUAAGCUGUUGCAGUGGUUAUUUCCGCACCAUGUUUAGUAUCGGUUUGAAGGAGUGUUAUACCGAAGAAGUCCAACUGGAGAAUGUUUCAAGUGAAAUCCUAAAAACUUUAAUCGAUUUUGCUUACUCGUUGGAAAUCUCAGUCCAUAAAGACAACGUCAUGCCGUUGUUAGCGGCUGCGGUGUUUUUGGAAAUCAGCCCAGUGGCGGAUGCAUGUUGGGAAUAUUUGGAGCGACAUUUAGAUGAGACGAACUGUUUGAUGAUUUACCGUAUGCGCCACUGUCAGAUCCACCGAGAAAACCUAGCACAACGAGCUUGGAAACUGGUGCUUCGGCAUGUUAGCAGCAUUUCCCAUGACAGUGACUUGCUAGAACUAGACGAAGAUACGCUAAUUCGGAUUAUUCUGUCGGACAACUUGAACGUGGAUAGCGAAGACGACGUUCUGGAUGCGGUUUUCCGUUGGUCUCAUCAUGACCUUACUGAACGACGAUCAGCGCUGAAAGAAAUUUUGCAGUUUAUACGAAGGCCCUUCCUGAGUUCGCGGUCUAUUAAAAAUAACAAAUAUAAAACGGUUGUAACGGAUAAAACUGUCGAUGAGCAGAAUGGUGCAGUUGUGGAGCUCAACGAAUUAAGUAUACAGGACCAAGCUACGAAUCGGGAAAUGCCAGUGUCCUCUUUGCAACAACGUCCGCGUAAAUUUUAUGAUUCGAGAACGGUUAUCGUCUGCGUUGGAGGGGAGGUUGAUCGGAGAGGCUGGGCUGGACUGGACUGCAUGAACUGCUUCGAUCCUGUCGAUCGUGCAUGGUCGGUAUGGGCGCCAGCGCCGUAUCCAGUAUGCGGCGCUGGUCUCGUAAACAUGGGCAACCAGCAUCUGUUCUUGUGCGGUGGAUAUCUUCCCUCCGGAAAAUGCAAAACACUACAUGUUCACCGCUACGAUUUGAAAACCAACGACUGGGAACAAAUGGCGCCCAUGCAGGCUGCACGCUCCUUCUUCGGCGCAGUCGAAGUGCAUGGUCUGAUUUACGCUUUUGGUGGGUAUGAUCCUAACGAUAAGCCGCUAUGCAGUGUUGAACGAUACGAUCCGGUAUUGAAUCGAUGGCAGUUUAUGGCCAGUUUACCGAUGCCGUUGGGGAGUUUCGCUGCCGCCGCACACAACGGCCGUAUUUACACAUUCGGAGGCUGUACUACUUCCAAUAAGGUCACCGGUAUUGUGUUCUGUUACGAUCCACCACUGGAUUCAUGGAGCGAGCUAGCGACGAUGCCGACUAAUCGCUACUUGUGUUCCGCAUGUAUCGGCCCGAGCGGACAAAUAUACGUCAUCGGUGGACGUGAUAGGCCAGCCGGCUCUAGUCUAACCUGUGUCGAAGCCUACGACACCAGCACAGACUCCUGGUUGACUAAAGGGGAUAUGAAUACUGCUCGCUGUUGCGCCGCCAUCGUACAUGUGGAAGGAACUGUUUUCGCGUUGGGAGGGUUCGGAAUCAACAGCAACAGCAGUUCUGUGGAAAGAUACUACGAAGAGUCAGACAACUGGACCAUGCACGAAAGCCCGUUGCCCCAUCCACAAUGUGCCUUUGGAUGUGUCACAAUGCAAAUCAGGAACGGUUAAGAAAGUGUUUGGUAUUCAGGUUGAAGUAGGGAAUUGAGUUUCACUUUUGGGCAUCGCUGGCUUUUUCGUUUACUGUAAAUCAUGAAUCUGUGUCUUUCGCGAAUUCGCACUCGCUUCAGAGCCGGCUUGCUAUCCUGAGUGUCGGUACUGAUUUGUGAGUACGAUCAUCAAAAUUAA